AUGGGUGAUGCUAGCACUACUUCCAGUGGCGGCCAGGCGUUGCUGCCUGUUAUUAGCCUAACUGAGGGCUUCGUGAAGUGUCUCCACAUGCCGCACAAGCACGUUCAUCACCUGCGACCGGUGUUUGCCUGCCAUGUGGCGCGCCACUCAUCGGGCGUGUUCCACGAUACCUGGCUGCCGCGCGCUCUCAUCGUUACACAAACCGGUCAUUUGGUACUCUGCGACACCAGCGACGGGCGUGUCACUCACGAAGCCUCACUACGCUUCCGUAAGGCCCCUGUUGAUACGACGGCGGAGGACGAAGUGGGCCAGCCCCUUGUGCACGUGGUGCUGGAGCAGCGGACCGAGAAAUCACUGAACUCAACGCUGUGGAUGCGUAUCAGCGUAGACAACUCGAUCUUCGCCGCCAUUCUCCGCUUCCAUGGGCCGUUUCAAAAUCUGCCGUUGGCACUGAUUCGGGUUAUUCUGCAUUUCGUACCCAAGCAGCACGUGUCGCUUCAGAAGUACGCACAGCAGCGACCGCUUGUCAAAUUCAUCCCGAAGGAGUUGUGCAGUCUCUCGAGCGCGAAGUACGAUGAUGGCAACAGCAGUCCUCGCGGCGCCCCGUCGACGCCGCGGUCGUCCAGAAAACGCUACAUGGCACAGGUCGCCGUUGAGGAGCGGCUGCGGCUGCGGGCGCACCGUGCAGAAAUGGCGGAGCAGCAGGUUGCGCCGGAGGAGGGGCCUGCCGCCGCACGGGUCACCGCAGAGGAGGUAGUGGAGGUGCCACCGCACGAAACCCCCUCGCCUGCGCCGACCACCCCGCGGCAGGAGGAGCACGAUAAAAUGGAGAAGUCGCACCACGCCGACGCGGACGAGGAAGCGCUGCUGCCCCUCCUUGCGGAGGAGGAGGAGAAGCCACCUGCCCCUCUCAAAGCGUCCCUACUGGAAGCAGUGGUAUUCUCGGAAUGCGAAUCCCCAUCAUCGCCUUUUGACGAGGAGCGGAGACGAAAGGAAAGGGUUGAGGUGGGGUUUCCCGCUGCCCCCUUCAGGGAAGGUGUGGACGAGCAUGGCGCCAGGAAAGAAGACAUGCCCUCUGAGGAGGAGACGAUAAACAAGACAGAAGAAAAGGUAUGUGAUUCAAAGUCACACAAGCACAACGAUACGUGUGCAACGUCAGAGGUCGAGUAUACAAGAAAAGACGGCAAUGGAAACAAUGAGUCUGAGCGCCCCCAGUCGAACGAUAUCACGGCUUCUCUACAGUUGACAGCGCCUAUUGUGGUGUCACCACAAGCACGAAAGCAACGUGCAGUAGAGCAAGUGGUCUACAAAGAGACCUCAUCACGGAGGUCUCCAUCGACGGAUAAUGUGGGACAUGCCUCCACGGACACGAUGGACAGCCCCGUUGACGUGCUCAACAACGUGGAGCUUCCGCCCUCGCCCUCGCCCCCACCCUUGGUGUUGGGCAGCACGGCGGGACAAGUGACGAAUGCCAGCGCCCUGUUAACACCAACAGAGGGCCGACGCGACGCGACGGGGUCCCCUCCACAACAGGUCACUCCCGCUCUUGAGCCGGCGUCAGUGCAUGAAGAUCCCGUUCUGCGGGCUCUGUCAGCAAAUGGGGCUCACAUCCUGUCCACACACACCCUGCAGCGCCCACUUGCGGACUACCGCAACAACGCCGCAGAGUUUGGUGACGAAGAACACCGGUGGCGUCUUUUCUACCAGAAAAACCUUGGCAAGAAGUGCGAACCACGCCCGUACAGGAACUCACCGACGGAGAUCUACGCCCGUGGUUCAACAUCUCCUUCCCGCUAUAGGAUAACCGGCAGCACACUCACAACUAUGAUGGGAACUUCCAUAGUUCCCCUAGCGAUGUCGUCUCCCUGUUCCCCAUAA